AUAAAAUCUGUUAAUGACUGCUGGCUGAAGCUAUUAUAUUAUGCUGUCAUAUUAUGAAGUUUACGAGAGACGGCAGUGUCUUCGGUGGGGUUUUAACUCUGUACCAUUCAGGGGAACGAGGAGGAUUUGGCAAUUUCCAGCUAUUUUCCUCCUUCGGCAAACUCUAAACGCCUGAGAACGGCCUUCGCGUCGAUGCAACUGAGUGGAUCUGGACGGCUGGGAAUGCAACCUUCCAUCUCGAGUCCCCUGCAUCUCCCGGGGACUCUCAGCAAGGAUGAUGGUCAAACGCCACUGAAGACAAUGUGCCAGCAUUUAGCGUGGUGUGAGUGGUGUACACGGACUCUAUAUGGCUUGUUGGCAUGUUCCUUACUAACCAGGGACCCCAGCUGUCUCAUUAGCGAUCCCUUCUCUUGUCGGCGACACACUCACUGCGCCCUGUAUCUGCAUCGCUUCCGCGGAUAUCCAACAGACACGAUGCACAUGCGACGCCGAGACUGGCCAUCCAUUCUACAAGUUACAGCAUGGUCGGUAGGGGUGAGAAAUUAACCCCAAUCGCUACCCUAAAACCGGUCCCCCCGUGGUGUCGGUCCCCGGGCCGUCACAAGUUGAGUUGAAGCAUAUUCUACAAGAACCCAUUCUGCGAUCCUUCUACAUUCCUUCUGCUCUUUUCCUAAAAACUGUGUUACCUCGCUGUAGUACAGCUUUGAUUUCUGUUUAAUUGGCACAUUCCUUUUUUCGUCGUUCUUUUGUCUUUACCCGGCUUCCAUGACAGGUGCCACCAUGUCUUCUCUCACACAGGACAACGUCUCUGCGUCCGACGACAACAUGCCGCCGUCGCCAGAGAAACUUCACGCCUCCCCCGAUAUUAUGCAGAAGAGGAGCAGCAAAAACGUCGUUCUCAUCCCGCAGCCAAGCGACGAUGAGGAUGACCCGCUGAACUGGCCUAUACGGAAGAAGAUCAUUAUUUUCGCAUGUAUCUGUCUCGCCGGCUUCGCGGGCCAAAUGUCGCCGAACUCCAACCAGCUCACCUUCGUCCUCCAGAUCCCGACAUACGGAAAGACGCAAGCCGACCUCCUCAACACCGUCGCCGCCGCGCUCGCCGGGUGGAUGGCUGGUCCGUUCUUGUUUACGCCGUUUGCCGGUCUCAUCGGCCGCAGUUCGGUCAUCCUCUGGAGUCUCGUCGGCACAUUCGCGUGCCAGAUCUGGGCGGCGAACAUGACAGGCCCUGAUGACUUCAUCCCAUUCACCAUCUCGCGCCUCAUCUGUGGCUUGUUCGGCGUCAUCCCCGCUAUCAUGGGGACGGGAUACAUCAUGGACAUGUUCUUUCUGCACCAGCGCGGGAAGGCCUUUGCCAUCUUCGAGGUGCUGAUCAUCUUUGCCGUCGUCGGUGGUGGCACUCUGGGUGGCUUUAUCGCCGAGUCCAAGCCAUGGGAAUACGUCUUCUGGUGGACCCUAGGGCCUGUUGGAGGAGCCAUUAUCCUGGUCUUCCUCUUCGUCGAGGACACCACCUUCAGCCGCGAUCCCAGCGUCCCAAGGCGCGCCCCAAUGCCUAAGUCCUGGCUCCCUAACCGCGUCGCGACCUUCUUCCCCGGCUCAGCUACCCAGCCCACCGGAAGAUUCGCUGAAUUCAAACGCCGCGCCAUCGUCCCCCUCCAAAUCACAAUUGCCCCCAUCACCCUUUCCGUCGGAACCUUCGUCUUCGUCGCCCUCGGCCUGCCCAUCAUGCAAGCCUCCACCCUCGCCAUCUACCUCAUGCCCCCCGUCAUCGCCGGCGGCUACGGCUUCUCCUCUCUCCAACUCGCCUUCUUCACCAUGACAGCUUGGAUCGGCAUCCUCGGCGCCCAGGCCUACGGGUACUUCUUCAACGACGCCAUCCCCCUCUGGGUCGCGCGCCGCCGCGGCGGCGUCUGGCACCCGGAGUACCGCCUCGCCAACGCCCUGCUGCCGGGGCUGCUGCUCCCCAUCGGUCUCGGGAUCUACGGCGCGGGUUUACAGUUCCACCUGCACAUCAUGGUUCUCGCGCUCGCGAGCUUUAUUAUUUGGUUCGCUGCUCUGCUGGUCCUGCCCGUGUGUUACAACUACAUUGUGGAGUGCUUCUUGCGCACACCUGUCGAGGCUAGCGUCGCGCUCAACUCGUACCGUAUUGCGUUUGGGCUCAUGAGCGUCUUUAUCAUUACACAGUGGCAGAUGGCUGUGGGCGUUGGCUGGAUGUGGGGUAUGGGUGCGUUUUUUGUGCUGGCGGUGGAUGUGCUGAUGGUCUUGGUGAUCUUGAAGGGGCAUGAGGUGAGGAAGCUCACGGUGCAUAUUAGCGAGACUAUUGCGGCGACGGAGGAUGGGGAGAGGAUUAUCGGCGAGAAGGAGGAUGGUUCUGCGUGAAGCGAUGUUGGUUCUGCAGAAACAGCGACAUUAUAAAAAUUGCUUGGGAGGUGGAUCUACCAAUGGUCCACGUAAAAAAGGCUGCAUAUACCGGAUUUAGUAUCUAUUGUAGUAAUAAACCAUUUCCUUAUUUGUAUUUAACGUCCGUUGCGAAAAUGCAGCUCGACACAAUACUAUACCCACACUCG